AUGACUCUAGAGGUGAAUGUUUUCAACAUUGGUAAACAACCACUUGAUAACGAUGAGUGUUUCCAAUCAUUUCUGAUCGAUACACUUAUUUCAGAAGAGGUAGAAGCACAAUACACUUCCACUCAUCUCAAUGACCACUUCGAAAUUUCUGAGAUUUCUGAGUCGGGUAAUACUGAAAUCAACUCUGAAGUCAUCAAUCAAUUACCGACCAAAAGAACCAUGUUUUGGAAUCCAAUCUUCGAGGGACUUCCUCAAGAUAGGGAAACACCAAAACCAUCCACUGUACAAGCUCCUCAACCAAACUUGGCUCAACUUCCUAAGGAACUUAAGCAUGUCUUCUUGGGAGCAAACAACACUUUCCCUGUCAUCAUAUCCUCCACCCUUAAUGCAACUCAAGAGCAACAACUUAUCAACGUGCUCACAGAGCAAAGAGGAGCAAUUGGUUGGACGUUAGCUGACAUUAAAGGGAUUAGUCCCUUGAUUUGCUCCCAUCACAUUAAAUUGGAAGACGGGGCCAUACCACGACGUGAUCCUCAAAGGAGAUUAAACCCACCAAUGAAGGAAGUGGUAAAGACAGAAAUCUUGAAGCUUCUGGAUUACGGGAUACUUUAUCCUGUUGCCGACAGUAAGUGGGUUAGCCCAACUCAGGUUGUUCCCAAGAAAUCGGGAGUAACAAGGGUACCAAAUGAUAAGGGAGAACUCAUCCCUACCAAGGUCACAACAGGUUGGCGCAUGUGCAUUGAUUAUAGAAAAUUAAAUGCCGCCACCUGUAAAGACCAUUUCCCACUUCCAUUCAUCGAUCAAAUCUUGGAACGUGUGGCAGAUCAUCCUUUCUACAGCUUUCUCGAUGGUUAUUCGGGGUACUACCAAAUCGAAAUUGCUUUAUAA